GAGGAAAAGAAAAAACAGAAGAAGAAGCAGUCUUUGGAAAAUCCAGAAGAAGAGGAGGAGAUGGGGUCCAAGGAUAAAAAGUCCAAAGAUGCCAAGAAGAAGAAGAAGGAAAAAGUCCAAAAGCAAACAGGUGGACUAUGCUGUUCUCUACCAAAAUGAGCUGCUUAACUACUACACCGACUCCUCUGAUGGAUAUGAAGAUGAAUACUACAAAAAGAAAGUCUACGAGGUGGUCACUAUUACAGGUGAUGUAAAAGGAGCUGGGACUGAUGCUAAUAUCUUUGUUACCCUUUUUGGAGACUUUGGCGUCUCGCCCAAGGUUCACCUGGCAAGCAAAAGCCGCACCGCAUUUGAGAAGAAUAAGACGGAUGUUUUCCGAAUUAAAACACACAAUGUGGGACCUCUAAAAAAGCUAAGGAUCGAACACGACAACACAGGAAUGAGCGCCAGCUGGUUCUUGGACAGAGUGGUGGUGACGGACGUGAACCGGCCAAAUCUGCGCUAUUAUUUCGCCUGUAACAACUGGUUGAGCCAGGAAGAAGGGGACAGCUUGUUUGUCAGGGAUCUGCUGGGCAGCCUAAACCCCAUGGACGUCCCAAAAUUGAAUAAAUAUCUUGUGAGCGUGUUCACUGCUGACAUGAAGGGAAGUGGAACUGAUGCUGAUGUCUUCCUGAACAUCUUUGGAGAAUAUGGUGACACAGGAGAAAGAAGACUCGACAGUGACAAGGACAACUUUGAACGUGGCUCAGAGGACAAGUUCACCAUAGAGGCGCCGAACCUUGGAAGGCUAAGAAAAAUUACUAUUGGUCACAACAACCGCGGCUCUUCAGCUGGAUGGUUUCUAGAUAAGGUGGUGAUAGAUGACAUGGGUAACAAGGAAGUUUAUGAGUUUCCAGUUAAUCGCUGGUUUGCCAUGGAUGAAGAUGAUGGUAAAAUACAAAGAGAUGUGUUAGUUGGAUCACUGCAGCCAAUGGGAGUUGUGUACAAUGUGCAAGUAAUGACUGGAAAUAUCAGAGGUGCAGGAACCAACUCUAAGAUCCACAUGGUCAUGCAUGGCUCUAAGGGAUUAAAAAACAGCGGGAAAGUUUUCCUUGAGGGUGGUGCUUUUGAGCGUGGUCUGAUUGACAUUUUCAACGUGGAGAUUUGUGAACUGAUUAGCCCUCUCAGCAGGAUCACCAUUGGACAUGAUAAUGGUGCCGUAGGUGCAGGAUGGUACUGUGAAAAGGUGGUAAUUUACUGUCCAUUCACGGGCACUGAGCAGACAUUUCCAUGUGGGAUGUGGCUGGAUGAGGACGAGGGGGACGGAUUGAUCGAGAGGGAACUGUAUGAGAUGGUCUCUCUCAGGCAGAAAAAACACAAAAAGUACCCGUGGUCUCUGUGGAUUUGGACCUCUGACGUGAAAGGUGCUGGAACAGAUGCUCAGGUGUUUCUGCAGAUCUAUGGAGAGAAGGGCAAAUCUGAUGAGUUCAAACUGGAAAACAACUCCGACAGUUUUGAACAGGGGCAGCUUGAUAAAUUCAUGAUUGAAUUGCCAGACAUAGGAAGACUGCUGAAACUACGGAUCUGGCACGAGAAGAGAAAUCCAUUUGCUGGCUGGCAUUUAGCAAAGGUCACUUUGCUCAAGACGCUGACCAUGGACAAAUAUUCUUUUGAAUGUGGCCGUUGGCUGGACAUUAACGAAGACGACAAUGAGAUUGUCAGAGAGCUUCCAGCUACAGGAGCUCCUAUUGAUGAGCCACUGCCCUUGAUCAAGUAUCGUGUCACAAUCUGCACAGGCGAUGUGAGUGGUAGUGGCACAGAUGCCACCGUGUUUCUCAAUAUAUUCGGUGACCUGGGAGACACGGGCGAGCGUCUCAUGAUUACGAGCAAAAACAAUGUCAACAAAUUUGAAAAGGGGAACCAUGAUGAGUUCCUCAUUGAAUCGGUCUUCUUGGGCCAGGUGCGCAGAGUCCGAGUGGGCCAUGAUGGUCGUGGCGGUGGCUGUGGUUGGUUCCUGGAUAAGGUGUUAGUCAGGGAGGAGGGACAGCCAGAGUCUUCUGCCAUUGAGUUUCCCUGUUCCAGGUGGUUGGAUCGUAACGAGGACGAUGGACAGAUUAUUCGCGAGUUAGUUCCAGCUGGAGAUGGCCUGCGCCUCUUCAAUGUCAACUACCACAUAGCAAUCAAAACAGGCAGCGUGAAUGGUGCCAGCUCUGACUCCAGAGUGUUUGUGAAGCUGUAUGGGGAGAAGGGUGACACUGACAAGGUGAUACUAGCCGUCUCUGACAACGACCUCAGGAACUACUUUGAGACAGGACGCACUGAUGUCUUCGUCAUGGAAACUUUUGAUGUUGGAAAGAUCAACCGUCUUCUUAUUGGUCACACAAACGAGGGCUUACGGGCCGGAUGGUUUCUGGACAGCGUGCAGAUUUCUGUACCUGUUCAUGGGACGCAAUACAUGUUUCCAAGCCACCGCUGGCUUUGCAAAGAUGAGGCUGAUGGAAAAGUGGAGGUGGAAAUCUAUCCUAGUGAGGUCUUGGAAAUUGAAAAAUUGAUCAACUAUGAAGUAACAGUGGUCACAGGUGAUAUGCGAGCAGCUGGAACCAACGCUAAUGUCUACUGUCAGAUCUAUGGAGACGAAGGAAAAACCGAAGUCCUCGCACUCAAAAGUCGCUCCAACAAUUUUGAACGUGGCACCACAGAGAUCUUCAAGAUUGAAGCUUUAGAUGUUGGAAAGAUCUACAAGAUUCGCAUCUUUCACGAUGGAAAAGGCAUCGGAGACGGGUGGUUUUUGGAGUCAGUGGACAUCAAGCGACUGACGAUGGCAAUGGUGCAGGUUGAGGUCAAAAAAGAGGAGACGGCCAAGAAAGACAAGAAGAAGGACAAGAAAAAGAAGAAGAAAGAAGAGGAGGAGGUAGAGAUAGUCGAGGAGCUUCAGGAAGUGGUGGAGACAUUCGUUUUUCCUUGUGGUCGCUGGCUGGCCAGGGAUGAGGAGGAUGGGGAGAUUGUGGUUGAGUUGCUGACGGAGGCUGAUGAAGACUUGGAGUUGAAGUCAUACGACGUGUAUGUGUACACUGGGACAAUGUGGGGCGCUGGGACCGAUGCUAAUGUGUACAUCAAUAUCUACGGAGAGACUGGCGACACGGGUGAACGGUGGCUUCGCAAGUCCAACAACAUGAAUAAAUUUGAGAAAGGCCAGGAGGAUGUCUUCAGCAUCACAGCUGUGGAUCUCGGGGCCCUGAAGAAGCUGAGGAUCCGGCAUGAUAACAGCCAGGCCAGUGCCGGAUGGUUUUUGGAUAGAGUGGAAAUCAUAGACACCAAAGACGACACAACGUAUUUUUUUCCGUGUAAGCGCUGGCUUGCCGUUGAUGAGGAUGAUGGACAGCUUGCAAGGGAGCUGGUCCCUGUGGAUGAAGCCUUCAUGAAGAAGGGCGAUGAAGAUGAAGAUGAUUCUGAAGCUAUGCUCGGUUUGGAACAGAAGGCUAUGACUACAACAUAUACAGUGAGAAUAAAAACAGGUGAUAAGAAAUAUGCAGGAACUGAUGCCAACGUCUUCAUGACCCUUUAUGGCACCAAGGAUGACACAGGGAUCAUCACCCUGAAAGCUUCAAAGACACAUAGAAACAAGUUUGAACAUGGCAUGAUUGAUGAGUUCACUAUAGAAGCUGUGGACCUCGGGCCCUUGAAAAAACUACGCAUUGGACAUGACAACUGUGGAGGAUCUGCAGGUUGGUUUCUGGAUUGGAUGGAGAUUGAUGCUCAGUCUAAGGGGCAGAAAUUACGCUUCCCCUGCGGUCGUUGGCUGGACAGAGGGGAGGAUGAUGGGGCCAUCAUCAGGGACCUGUUCCCAAAUCCUCUCCAGACAGAGUUUUACACACCAUUUGUUCCAUAUGAGAUUAAAACCUUUACGAGUGAUGUGUUUGGAGCCGGAACAGACGCCGAUGUAUUCAUUGUCCUGUAUGGACGAAAUGCAGUAUGCACUCAGCAGAAAGCUUUGUGCGUCAACAAAAGGGAGAGGAGGAUGUACUUUGAAAGAGGAGCUGAGGACAUGUUCAUUGUUGAGUUAGAGGAUGUGGGGGAUGUCAUUGAGAAGAUCCGUAUUGGCCACGACAACCGUGGCGUCAACCCAGGCUGGCACCUGGACAGAGUGGAAAUCAGACGUCUGCUCAGGAAGGGAAAGGGUUCAGAAACUGUCAUCUUCCCUUGUGAGCGCUGGCUCGCCAAGUCAGAGGAUGAUGGAGAAACGAUGAGGGAGCUGGUGCCCUCUGACAUCAUCACUGAGAAACUUUCCAGAGAUGGCAGCCUGAAAGUGACUGAGGUGGAGGUGGAGGAUGCCCUGGAGACUCACACGUACAAAGUGUCAGUGAUGACAGGGGAUGUGAACGGGUCCGGCACGGACGCCAACGUCUUCCUCACAAUUUACGGAGACCUGGGGGACACUGGGGAGAGAAAACUGAGCAAAUCGGAGACAAAUAAAAACAAGUUUGAGCGGGGCUCUGUUGAUAAGUUUACAAUAGAAGCAGUCGACCUUGGGCAAGUUUUCAGGAUAAAAAUCCGCCAUGACAACAGCAUGGUGAGCGCUGACUGGUACUUGGACCAAGUGGAGGUUCUUGAUGUAGACACAGAGGAGGUCUACCUCUUCUUAUGUGAACGAUGGCUCUCCAAAAAGAGGGAGGACAGACACAUUGAAAGACUCUUCUAUGUCAAGGGUUAUGAAGGAGUUAGAGAGAGCCUAAAGUGUAAGAAGAACUCAGCUCUGACACUGAAGAGUGUUGACAGUAAUAUGAACAAAAAGAAGAAAGAGGAAGAAAUUGAACUCCCGAUUAUACCAUACCACAUUACCAUCUGCACUGGAGUGGAGCGCGAUGCGAGCACCACCAGCAGGGCCUAUGUGAUCGUUAUUGGGUCCAAUCACACCCAGACACAGAGGCUGUGGCUGGACCUGCCAGACAGGAGGAAAGGCUUUCAGGCUGGCUCUCUGGAGAGAUUUGAGGUUCACGGUUCAGAUGUGGGAGAGUUUAUAAAGGUGGAGCUCGGCCAUGAUGGAGCCACUCCAGAAAGCUGCUGGCUCGUUGAUGAGCUGGCCGUUGCUGUGCCAACCAAAGGGGUCAAAUAUAUCUUUGCUUGCAAGUGCUGGCUGGCCAAAGACCGAGGAGAUGGCUUGACUGCUAGAGUGUUCAACUUUCUAGAUGCAGAGGCCAUUGCCAUAUCACAAAAGAUUAUCUAUGAGGUAACGGUGGUAACAGGAGACGUGCAGAAUGCAGGAACAGACACCAAGAUCUUCAUGUCUGUGUUCGGUGCCAACGGCAGCACAGAAGAAAUGUUGCUGGAGAAGAACGAGGACAGGUUUGAGCGUGGCCAGGAGGACACUUUCAACAUGGAGAUUGACGACAUAGAACCCUUACGAAAGCUGAGACUUCGAAUUGACGGCUCUGGCAGUCGACCUGACUGGUUUCUUGACAAGGUGAUCAUGCGUAACCUGACCACAGAGGAGGUGUCUGUAUUCACCUACGAGCAGUGGCUGUCCAGGACACGAGGACCCAAGAGAACUAUGAUCUGCGAGAUGCCGGCAGUGGUGGACGAGGAAGUGAUGGUGGAGCUCACCACCUACACCAUCCAGGUCAAAACCAGUGAUGUUGCAGGUCUUGCACCAGGAUGGCACUUGGAACACAUCGACGUGAAGGAUGAGAUUUUAGACAAAACAUUUCGUUUUCCAUGUGACCGCUGGCUGUCUAAGAAUGAUGAUGAUGGGCAGAUAAUGAGGGAGCUGGCCUGUGCUAACAAUGACUAUUUAGAUCUCAGUGAAAAGACCAAGUAUGAAAUUUGCAUCACAACCGGAGACACUGAAACCAAAGAGAAUGCGUGGAUUGUACUUGAAGGGAAGAAGGCUCGAUCAAAGGAAUUUGUGAUGGAGAACUCUUCAAAGAAGAAAAGGUUUUUGCGGGGAAAUGUUGACCAGUUUGAGUUUUCAUCAAAAAAUCUGGGUGACAUUGCUGCCAUCUGCCUGGGCCACACACCCAAAGAUGGCAAAAAAGUUAAAGGUGAAGUUUACUGGCAUGUAGAGGAGGUUGUUGUGACUGAAAAAGAACUUGGAAACAAGUACAUCUUUAUCUGCAAUGCCCUCGUCCCCCUCUCUCCAAAGAGGGACGAGUUCCUCAGUUUUGAGUGUAAAAAGGUCAUCGAGAGCUUUGCCAGUAAGGCUCGCAGCCUGGUGCCCGUCAAGUAUGAGAUCCUCGUCAUCACAGGCGACGAGAAGGGAGCAGGAACAGAUGCCAAUGUUUUCAUCACCAUCUACGGCUCCAAUGGCGAUUCGGGUUGUCGACAGUUGCGGCAGAGGUUUCGCAAUCUUUUCGAACGUGGGCAGACUGAUCGUUUCCUGCUUGAGAUGUUGGACAUGGGAGAGCUGCAGAGAGUUCGAAUGGAACACGAUAAUUCUGGCCUCAGCCCUGGAUGGAUGCUUGAACGGGUGGAAAUCACCAACAUGGCCAACGGCGUAACCACGAUUUUUCUCUGUGGGAAGUGGUUGGACACCAAGAAGGCUGACGGACAGAUUGUCAGAGUUCUCCAUCCAAAAUACUAACAAUGAAACUUUUUCUGGAA